GGCACAUUAUUUAAAGGCCAUCAUAAGACAAAGUCCCAGAGUUGACUCCGUUUCGGCCACAGGAUGAGGCGGCUUAGAUGUUCUUGGAGCUCCUUGAAACCCCUAAUCAUCAUCAUCUCACCGCUGGCUUUGCUACCACUGCCACUAGUCAUCAGAAAAAAGGAAGCAGAAUGUGCAUAUAUCCUAAUAUUAAUGGCUGUAUACUGGAUGACGGAGGUCUUGCCUCUGUCUGUGACGGCACUUCUCCCCGCGCUGCUUUUCCCUAUUUUUGGGAUCAUGAAGUCCUCACAGGUUGCAUCUGUAUAUUUCAAAGACUUCCACUUGUUGCUUCUUGGUGUCAUCUGUUUAGCAACAUCCAUUGAGAAAUGGGGUCUUCAUCGGAGAAUUGCCCUCAGAUUGGUGACUGGACUUGGAGUCAAUCCUGGCAUGUUGAUGCUCGGGUUCAUGGUUGGCUGUGCUUUCCUCUCCAUGUGGCUGAGCAACACCUCAACUGUGGCUAUGGUAAUGCCAAUUGUGGAGGCAGUGAUCCAGCAGGUUUUGAAUGCAAGUGAAGAGGCCAGGAAAGACCACAAGGGGGCGUUAAAUGGCAUCUCCAACCCUGCUCUUCAGCUUGAAGAUAUUGAGGCCCAGCAUGACCAAUCUGAGAACAUAAAAAGCAUCGAAGCAGGAAUUACAGAGCCAGUUCAGACAGCUCCUGAGGAACCAGAAACUGUUAAGGCACCUCCACCAUAUAAUGGAAAGUACAGGACCCGUGAAGAUCACAUGAUGUGCAAAGGCUUGUCGCUUUGCAUUGCUUACUCCUCGUCCAUUGGGGGGCUGACCACAUUAUCAGGAACAUCCACAAACCUCAUCUUUGCUGAAUACAUCUAUCAGUACUACCCAGAUUGCACUGUCAUUAAUUUUGGGAACUGGUUCGUGCUUUGUCUUCCCAUCUGCAUAAUUAUGCUGAUUUUGUCAUGGAUAUACCUGCACUGGAUGUAUCUUGGAUCCAACUUUCGUGCCAGUCUGUGCUCCAGACAGCGAUCCGAAAAGGAAAAACACACUGCCAGAGUGCUCCGGGAUCAGUACAGCUCACUAGGGCCCAUAAGCUGGCAGGAGAUUAUCACCAUGAUCAUUUUCAUUCUGAUGGCAGUUUUGUGGUUUACAAGAAACCCAGGUUUCAUGCCUGGCUGGUCGUCAUUGUUUCCUGAUUACCCAGGAUACGCUACGGAUGCCACUGUAGCGCUGCUGCUGGGUUUCAUGUUCUUCAUCAUCCCCGCACACAAACCAAAUGCAGAGCGCUACGAGGCCUUGAUAACGUGGAAGGACUUCCAGGCCUGUAUGCCAUGGGAGAUCAGUCUGCUCGUGGGUGGUGGUUUCGCUUUGGCUGAAGGCACAAAGAUUUCUGGUUUAUCGACUUGGGUUGCUGAAUUGCUGACUCCCUUGGGAAGUCUCCCUCCUUUAGCCACUGUCACCAUCGCCUGCCUUAUUGUCACCUCUAUCACAGAGGUGGCCAGCAAUGCUGCCACAAUGACAAUCUUUUUGCCCAUACUGGCCCCCUUGGCUGAGGCAAUUGGAGUGAAUCCUCUGUACAUGCUGAUUCCUACGGCCCUAUGUGUGUCCUUUUCAUUCCUGCUUCCGGUUUCUAAUCCUCCUAAUGCCAUUGUCUUCACAUAUGGUCAUCUGACAAGCAUGGACAUGGUGAAGGCAGGUCUGGGCGUAAAUGUUAUAGGUGUUCUUACAGUCAUAUUAGCUCUUACUACAUGGGGAACACCUCUGCUUAACUUGGACACCUACCCAGACUGGGCACCGAUUGUAAACGGCACUGGAGUAUGACCAUCUCUGUGAAUAUUUUACAAAUGUGGACAUUUAGUUUUCAAUUUACAUGGGACCCCUUGACAUUGGCUGAAUUGUUGACAGUGCAAAGCCCACAAUCCAAAUGUAUUACUUAUUUGGAUCACUUGGGCAGGAUUGUAUGACCAGCUUCGAUUAGGCAAUACAACAGACUUAAAGCUUUGGUUUCCAUGAGAGGUUCAGUUUGAACGUCAUUGUUUAUAUGUUUUUGUAUUUUAAGCAUUUUAAUAAUCUUUGUCAUCAAUGGCUCAAGUCCAUGAUUCCUUUUACCAUUUCCUUUUUUUUUUUGAGGGGUUCAAAGAGACUAGUAAAAGCUGUUAAAAACAUGUUUGGUGUACAAUUCAACUGCAAUUUUUAUACAAAAUGUAUUAUAUUAAAGAUAUUUCUUUAGCUUUAAGCAGAGUUUGCAUGACAGGUUUAGUUCCGUCAGUUAACAUAGCACUUAAUGUUUUAUAGAGUUGUAUAUUUUUGUUAUAUGCUUGCCUGUACAUAUAUACAGAUAAGUGAACUGUAUG